GAUGAAUAUGCUGUCAUAAUAGGACGAGAUAAGCAGUCUCCUUGACCUAUCCCGGGAUAACACAGUUGGCCAACCAUUCCCUUUUUGGAGCUUGAUUUGUCACACGUCUUUAUAAUGUUGGUGGGUUGACGUCCAACCACUGAGCACCGCCCUGCCGGACUACCCCCACAACACAAAGCGAGCAGAUCUGUUAACUGGAAGUCGAGGUGACGUCAUGUGGGAAGCGCUUGAUUUCCAACCAGGGAGCAGCCAGUCUUACUCAUGUAGUGCCGAGGAAGUUCUUCUAUCCCCGAGACAUUUUCCCCGUGACAUUUACAGCCAAAGUUAUUACAACUUUCUACGAUUUUGAGUCGAAACACCUCGGCGACGCAAUGGCUUUCACUCCGGGACAGCCGGUAACUGCGGUCGUGGUAAGUUUGGGAGUGGGGUUGUGUCCAUUCAACGGGACUCUAUUGUUUGGUGUCUGAACCGACGUUAGCGUGAAACUGCCAGGGUAAAAAACUGCAGUUAUAUGAAGUCAGCUGCUGCGCCAAGAAACAUCAACACUCACAUUAUUAUUAUUAUCUUUACUUUGCUUGACUAAAGUGAACCGUCGUCCUCUUUGGUUGCCAGUCAGAAGCUUUUUGUAUACCACAGAAUUGUCACAUAGUGAUGAUACAUUUGACAAAUACAUUGUUAAUUCACUCCACUAUGACCAGGGGCAUUGAAUUUAGAUAAGUGCACCAGUUUACACUUUGUUUUUGACUCUUUAUCGAAAACUCUUUUAAAGUCCUGACAGCUAACUACAGUAUUUUUACUGAUGGGCGUCGCCGUUUGUGUGAAUCAGCCUUAAUGCCAUGCCGGACUUUAUAACAAGAAUCACUAAAACUAAAGUACAUUUGAAUUUGGUUGCUUGUUUGUACGGCUUCAAAUCUAAAAAAAAAAAAACAAAAACAACCAAUGCAGAUUGUAAAUUCAUGACUAAGACAAAGAUAUGGUGGAUCAGGCUGGUGUUGCAGGGAGUUGUCCAGGCCUGGGAUUCAAAGGUGUUACAGGGGUGGGGAACAGGUAAGCACUCCUGAAGUAGGCAGGUUUACUUCCUCAAUGAGUAUAGCGCCUCCUGUCAGAUCCAUUCAGUUUGUACAUCAUUUAUGAAAUAUUUAUGGUGUUAGAGUAUAAAACAAUGAGUAGUGUUACCUAAUUUUCUAGCCCCGGCUUUCAUUACUGUACAUUUAAAAGCAAUUGAUAUUUAUUUCUGUGUUAUAUUAGAGCAUAUACUGCAGUUUAUCAGCCAAUACUCUUGUUUCUUUACAGGCGAGUGCAUGUUGAUCUAUGUGCAUUAAGUUAAUGUUAGCUAGUGUAUUUUGAUAGAAAAUCCACUUUUAAAUACUUACAGCUGAAUCUGAAUUUCAAGUAAACAUCACCUCUGUCAUAGUCAACUUAUGUAAAAUGGUAUAGGGGGGAGUGGGGUAAGAUGAGCCAUUUUUCAUAUUUCGGAUCUGUACAUCAAGGCAAUCAUAGUUUUGUCUCUAACUAGUGUAUCUGCAUAUAUUUCAAGAUGUUGUGCAUCCCUGCAAACCAACAGAAUGAGUGUAGAAAUGACUGUCUUGAUAAUAUAGCAUGCCAAAAAAAAGGUGGUCUCCUAUGUUCAAUUUACCCUGUGUACGGGGUAAGUCAACUAUUAUUGCAUAUAACUACUAAAAAGCUGUUUUGUAAAAAGUCAUUUUAACAUGAGAAUGUCUUUUAGUGAUACAGAACAUUCACAGCUGUAUUCUUGAAAAGAAAAAGUAACACAUUUCAACAAUCUGAACUGAAACUCUGAUCCUCUCAUCAGACUCCUUUACCUUCUCUGUUGAGCCACUGGCUCAACUUACCCCAGAACUACUAUGAUGACUUUAUUAGUCCUCUAAGCUAAAAUGGUGGACUUUUAUGCUAAGUUUUUGACCUCAUGUUGUAGCUCAUAGAUACCACAAUUGAUGUAAAAAACACAUUUAAAAUGACCUUUUUUUGGUCUAAACACAAUUCUAAUAAAACUUAUGACAAACUAAAUUCACUUUCAAGAGUGAAAAAUGUUUUUUUGGAAAUAAAUGUCUAACCCCUUCACCCAUGUGCUUCUAACCUUCACAGACUCCAUGAAUUGAUGCCCAUCUCCUAAAUAUUUGGUCACAUGAUCAUUUUCUUUUACCAUUUCCAAGGAAUAAGGGGUGGCUCAACUUACCCCAGUCUUCCCAAAUUUUUUUAAAAAGUAGUAUACACAGUAGCAAUCACAGGGCUUACAAUACAGUGCAUUUUAUUGUCAUCAAGUAUGAAAUUUUGUAAUACAUAUAUAUAGAAAGCAAAAGACUACCGAAAAAGGAAACAUGGUGUAGUGCCUGCAAGUCCUGACUGACUGUCUGACUCCUACUCAGUGCUGACAAAGUUCCAGACCUCCUCAGACUUCAUUGUAUCACCAGCAACACUCAGUGAAUGUCUGGUUAUUCAUCCACACACACAGGCAGGCUUUGUGCUGAUGAGUACCACUGUCAGAGUCACCCAUCUGUCUGGUUAAUGAGCCUGCAGCUGUUUGUCAGUGUCAAGGGCAGAGCUUCUCUGACAGAGUAUAUGUGCCAACAUGGACUUCAAAUAAAAGGGAACAGCCUCUGAAAUCUGAUGUUUGUCAGGCUGUGACAUUUGUAUGAAGGGCACAGUACCUCACUAGAUGGGAAUUUGCUGUAUAGUUAUUUUCCUGUUUUUCUUUUCAUCCCGACUAGCCCACAGCUAUGUGUACUGUAUGUGUUUCUGGGUUGUUUCUUUUGUUUUGUUUCUGGUUUUUUUUUUCGGUUUCUGUUGUUUCUGAUUGGGCUGGAUUGUUUCUUUUUCUUAACUAGUGCACUUUUACACAUUAUCCAUUUCUUUAAUGAAUGUUUUCCACAAUUAGGUGAACACAGACAGACUUAUUUUAAAGUUCUAGUUAAUGACACGAAAAGAUCAAGAUUGAGAAGUCCUUGAAAUACUAAAUAUUCAAAUCACUGGAGCUAUUGGAGAUGACAGAGGGGGUCGAUCCACUAAUCAGGGACUUGUCACAGUAUUAAAUAUUGAACACAUCUUCUGUGUCAGGGUUUACAUUUGUCUUUUCCUGUGUAGAUGCCUCUAAGUUGUUGUUUUUUUUUUCCAUCCAACAGCAAAGAAUUGAAAUCCAGAAGUUGCGGCAGGGAGACAAUCUCAUCCUUGGCUUCAGCAUUGGAGGAGGAAUUGACCAGGACCCUGGACAGAACCCUUUCUCUGAGGACAAGACUGAUAAAGUAAAUCUGAAGGCUCAACUUUACACAUACCAUACAUGCAUUUUGAGUGCAAAAGUCAUUGUUAGUUUCCAAAUGACAGAUAUAAUGUUUCUACACCAAGCCUCACUGUUGUGUGGGAGGCGUUUGCUCUUAAGAUGGGUUGAAGCUUGGGUUAUACAUCUGAUUUGGGGUUUUUGCUAAAAUCAGAUAUGCUGAUAUUUCCUAAUACAUUUUCGCCUGAACUGAUAUUGAUAUUAACACACUUCCUUUUUCAUAGCAAAGAACCUUAAGUUUCUCCUACGACAGGGUUUACUUUUUACUCAUAUUAUGAAAGCCUAUUUGCAGUGAAGUAACCUUUGAUUCUACUUUCAAUGAUCAUUAUAUUCUUGUCAAACACAGACAUUCAGAAAUACAAAUCACUGUUAAUUUCAAACGAUUAAAAGUACUUGUGUAAGCUAUUUUCUCCACUGUUCACCCUUAGUUGUGGUCAGGGAUAGUUUUGUGUGUUGCUGUCUAAAGGCAGCAGAAAGUGCUUGGACCAUAGUUAGAUGAAAUAAAAGUCAAAAGAAUAGCGGUGGGGAUACAUACCACGUUUUUAUUCUGCUUGUUAGAGACACAGGUACAGGAAUAAGUGGCAGCUGUCCUACCUCACGGUUACAUUUGAUAUGUUUUGGCCAAAUGUGUUCAAAUGGUUUUUGUGAUGGGACUGAAGACAAGCAUCCCAAGGAAGUAUUGUACUAAUUUCUGCUUCAUGUAGCUGUUAUUGUAAAGCCAAUAACUGAUCACAUACAGUAAUAUGGUAAUAAGCUGUUCUGCAAAGGUAUCAGUUUCAUUACAACUGUAAGACCUGCUGCACAGCACAUAUUAAUUAAGGCCUAUGUAGGAUAGUGUUUAUCCACUUCUGUGCGGUCACAUUUUUAGUUCAUCUCUCUAAUAGUAAAGUUUCAGUCUACUCUUGAUUCAUAAGAUUACAGCAGACUGAGUUCAUGAGCAUUUCAUCAUUACUGGACAGCUGCCAGUAAUGAGAGGGAGGAAAUGAGAGACGAAAAUGAGCAGCAGCAGGCAUGACGUGAGUGAGUUCCUAAGAAUAUUGAAAACCUUUCAUUCGGUAGCAUUUUGGUUUUCAUCCACAUGGCAGGGGGAGUCAGCAAACUGUUGAAAUGACUGUUUGGAAGAUUUUCAUGAAGAGGGUGACAGUGAGAGAUGAGAGAACUUUUAAUUUAAGGGCCAGUCUUGGGAUUAAUCGCACUCUGACCACUAAGGAUGCUAUCUUAGAUUUGUGGGAAUGAAGACAAAGGUAAUCCUACAGGAGCAAAGUUCACUGCAACAAAAAUGACAAAUGGAAAUUAAUGAAGAGCGUCCCUCAGUACACUGUAUUUAGGCCAACAGAGCAAAGAUCAUGAAAUCAUGAAAAAUGAAAGUACAGAAAAUCUUGUUCAAAGACUCACUUUGUAGUUUCAUUAUGAGAAUCCAGCAGUGAGGGGGUUUCUGUGUUCAGGUUGUUUUUGAAUCAGAAAUUUUUGAUCUGAUGAUGAUUGAAACAAAGUAUUUCUGACUUGCUGUUGCUGGUAAAUCCUCCUCUGAUCAGGAAGCACAGUUUGACUAGAGCAGCACCUUGGUAAGUUUUAAACCGAGGACAGGACAGGUCUGAACGCAUAACCUGUAGCCUCAGGUGGGAACACAUCAGACCCCGCUUACUGAUGUCACAGAGAAGUACACUGCAGGUUUACACGUACACAACAUUCUUACCUGCUUAAUGAAUAAAUGAAAGUGCACAGUGUGGACUGAAAGAUGGAAAUAAGCCAGCAGAUGCUAGGAACUGAUACUUUACGGGAGGGGGGGCACACCUUCAUGUUCAUAUGAUGAAUUCUACCUUUUGGAUCCUUUCCCACUUUCCAUUGCACCAUCUUUGGAUCUUUCCCAAAAGACUGUGCUCGUGUUCGUAUCCCAGGGAUGCAGCGAACAUCUCUGCUGUCUUCAGGCAUUUGCUCCAUCUGAUACUGAGACAAAAGCAAAAAAUUGAUCUACUUUUAAAUCAAAUGACUCUCAUUCACAUAAGUGAUUUCACAAGCCAAAGUGGUGUAUGUUCCCCUGUGACCUCUAUUGAAUUUGCCUAAAAUUCUUAUGAUCAAAAAUUACAGAAAAAAAGGAAGAUGAAGGUUACCAGAUCAAUUUUUGGUCCUAUAUUUCUAUAUUUACUAACCCAUUGACUGUUAAGUUCACAGACAGUGUCAGGAGUGUUUUUUCUUCAGAAACAGAAUCAGGAUCAGAAUCACCUUUAUUGGCCAAGUAUGUGUACACAUACAAGGAAUUUGACACCAGUUAACUUUGCCCUCUAUGUACAAACAGUAAAUAUAAAAUGUUAUAAAAAUUUGCUCAUGUAUUGUCUAUCUUUAAUCAUUGCUCACCACAUUUUAGUCAUAAGUGGGAUGAAUUACUUUUAAUAAAUACUAAUAUUUUUUAAGUUAAUCAAGAAAAUCCCACAAAUUAAGAACCAACAAGCAGUAAUUUGAAUACUUCAUUAUUAGUUCUGUGCUUUUUAAAAAAAAAAAAAAAAAAUUUAUUCCAUGAAUCUAAGCUGCUGUUUUGUACUUGGUAAUUAUUUUGAUGCUUUUAUAGUUUCCGUAUGAAAGAUAAUAUAAAUGUCAAAUGUGUUUGUGUGUCUAUAAGGGCAUCUAUGUGACCAGGAUAUCAGCAGGAGGACCAGCAGAUGAGGCUGGUCUAAGGAUGGGAGACAAAAUAAUGCAGGUUUGUAGUGAGAUAGAUCUCUGUCCACAAGAUGGCGCCAUGUGUUUGGUAGAGCGUUAGACUAGAGCUGUGUUUUUCUACUCUCCUUUUCUCCACUGUGGCUACACCUUCUCUCCAACAAAGUUCCUCUCCUCCACUCAGGUCAACGGCUGGGACAUGACCAUGGUGACGCAUGACCAGGCUCGUAAAAGACUAACGAAGAAGAAUGAGGAUGUUGUGCGGCUACUGGUUACCAGGAAGUCUUUGGAGGACGCUGUCAGGCAAUCAAUGACCAGACCAUAACAUAGAGCUCCUACUUUUAACCUCAGACUUUUGUUAUUGCCAAGGACUGAACACCCCUGUACACCAAGACUCACACAAUUUCAGAUGAUGGUGGCCUUCAUAGUCACAUGAAAGCAAAAAAAACAUACACAGGCCGCGUCACAUCUUUAUAACUCAGAUUUUAUUCUGAUCUUUCCAAUCACACUCACUAAAACUCACUUUAAAGGUAUCUGUUUCACUGUAAUAUUUUAGUUGCAUGUUUUGAAAAAUGGAGUGAUAACUAACAAAUUUGGCUCCUUUAUGCUGCAGAUUGUAUCUGCAAGACUGAUCAACCAGUUUUGAGAAAAAAAAAUAAUAAUUUCAGUUUUUUUUCUUCUAAAUCAUGCUGUUAAAAAAAAUUAUCACUUUAGAUCAGAAAAGCUGAAACAUUCACACAGAUGGUCAAAAUUGGACCUGUUUUUUUUUAACAUAUAUAUAUUUGAACAGCAGUGGACAAAUGUUUUGAAAGACCUUUUUAUGAAGCUUUGACUGAACUACAAGAUUUUUGAAUUAAUAGGUCCUUGAGUUCUCUAAGAGUGUCUGUAUUAUCUCUUAGGGUAAGACAUUUGAUAUGUCAAAAACACCUCCGACCCUCUUUGCCUGCUGCUGACCAAAGGUAGUCUGAUGAUGGUUAGGGAACAUCUAUAAAUGAAUACUGCUGUUAUUUGUACCACUAACAAUGAAUGUUUCAUUAUAUUCUGUAAAAGAAAAAAUGUUUUGCUGUCAUUCCUGCAAGGGUCACAGCCUUAUAUGCCAAAACCAAAACCAAUGCACUGUGAAGUGUUCAGUUUUGCAAAGCAGUGUUUAUCGGUCCAUUAAUCUGUAGAACAUACCAUAUACCUUGUCGUUUAAUGUUUCAGUGCAUUGACUUUCCAAAAUGUUUUUGUUAUGAUUUUUCUUUUUUCACAAUCUUUCUAUUUGUUUAUGACGGUUUAACAUAUUAGAAAGAAAAAAUAUAUUUUCUGUGUGCAUGCCAAUGAAUAACAACCUGAUGUUUAAAUUGCUCAUAAUCCUCUAAAUAACACUAACUACGUUUUUGAACAAACAACAUUCCACAAAGUCGGAUCUUUUAAAUACGAAUUCUAUCUUGAUGAUGACAAUUAUCUUAAGUUCCUAAUUUGCUUUUGUAGUUGAAACGAACACACUAGUUUCACACUGGAACCACAACUACAAUGAAACACACUGUUAUUGUCAAAGAAAAGUCAAACUCAAAGCCUGAAUUUAGUGGGAGUGAAUGUUGUUUGAUAAAUAACUGUGCAGAACGGCCUUUAAAUAAAUUGUAAAAACCGCAAAUGUAAAUGGUACGUGUAUGUUUCUGUUUUAUAUUGUUCUGUUCUAGCAAAGUUAGUGCAGCACAACAAUGAUUUACUGCCUACUAUGUGAACUCCAUAACAUUGUUUUUGAGUGAUUUACUACCAAUCAAAAUCAGUAUUUUGACUUUUUGAUGUUUUUAUUUUGUAUACCCAUGUCAGACUGCUCAUGGGCAGUUCAUUCAGUUUUUUUUUUUUAAUCGCAAGAAAAAUCAAACAUUCAGCAUCUAUGUGUGUCUCAACAUUUGUAUGUUAAAACACAGUAAAGCACAGUAAAAAGAAAACUUUUCACGGUGAUUCCAAGCAGAUUUCUGUUUGAAUUUUUAUCAGAUAUUAAAAAAGAAACAUGCCUCUUGAUUUUAUCUUGAUUAUUGUUAUUGUUUAUAAAAGUAUGUGAUCUAUGUUACAUAUUUCCUCUUCACUUUGUGAAGCUUUGUUUCAUCUCCCAGACUCUUCAAAUAACUCUAUGUUGCUUGAUAUGGAGUAAACAACUGACAUUUCAGAGCAGAGAAUCUA